UUCUAUAGUGGCCGCCUUUCAUCCGGAACACGCGAUCGAGGUCCUUGGCGUUGAACGUUACGCCUUUGGAAAGCUUGUACUUUUAACCGUGUAUGCAAAAUAAUUUUGUUAAUUAUUAAGAUAGUGCGUAUGAUAUACGUUUAAAACGUAUUUAUAGUGCAAACAUGGCGCGAUAUGGGCAAAGACCCGAAAACGCACUGAAAAGGGCGAACGAAUUCAUUGAAGUUGGCAAACCAGCCAGAGCUUUGGACACGUUGCAAGAAGUCUUCCGAAAUAAAAAAUGGACAUACAAUUGGUCAGAAUCGGUACUGGAACCUAUAAUGUUCAAGUACUUAGAUCUUUGCGUAGAAUUAAAAAAAUCUCAUAUAGCGAAGGAAGGCCUUUUUCAAUAUCGUAACAUGUUUCAAUCGGUUAAUGUUGGAAGUUUAGAAAAUGUAAUUCGUGGUUAUUUACGAAUGGCAGAAGAGAAAACUAACGCAGCAAGGAAACAAAGUCAGCAGGCGGUCAUUGAUAUAGAUGAUCUGGAUAAUCUUGCGACGCCUGAGAGUAUUUUACUUUCUGCCGUAAGCGGAGAGGAUGCACAGGAUAGAAGCGAUCGAACAAUUCUUACACCUUGGGUGAAAUUUCUAUGGGAAUCAUACUGCCAGUGUUUAGAAUUGCUAAGAACCAAUGCUCAUGUAGAAAGUUUGUAUCACGAUAUAGCACGUAUGGCCUUCCAAUUUUGUCUUGAAUACAAUCGUAAGACUGAAUUUCGAAAGUUAUGCGAAAAAUUACGAAAGCAUCUAGAGGAGAUAUGUAAACUUCCACAAUUAGUUUCUAAUGUCUCUAUGAACAAAGCAGAAACUCAACAAUUGAAUUUGGAAACUCGACUUAAUCAAUUAGAUUCGGCGAUUCAAAUGGAACUUUGGCAAGAAGCAUUCAAAUCGUCCGAGGACGUGCAUGGUAUGAUGAAUCUAUCCAAGAAAUCUCCUGUUCCAAAAACGAUGGCUAACUAUUAUCAAAAAUUAGCUAUGGUCUUUUGGAAGGCAGGUAAUUAUUUAUUCCAUGCAGCAGCUCUCUUUAAACUAUUACAGUUAUCGCGCGAGAUGAAAAAGAAUAUGUCACCGGAGGAACAACAACGAAUGGCUAAUCGCGUAUUGCUAGCCACUUUGUCUAUACCAUUGCCAUCGGCACAUCCUGAAUUUGAUCGUUUUAUCGAAACUGAUAAGAGUCCUUUGGAGAAAGCUCAAAAGCUUGCGACACUUUUAGGAUUAACACAACCACCGACGCGAGUUUCCUUAUUGAAAGACAUUGUCCGAUUGAAUAUCGUCAAUCUAGCUUCGAGCCAACUACAGGAAUUAUAUUCUUGGUUGGAAGUUGAGUUCCAUCCUCUGGAACUUUGUAGUAGAGUCGAUUCAGUCAUUCGAACGUUGCAAGCCGAUGAGAAUAGUCCUUUGACGCAGUAUAUACGCGCUUUACAGGACGUUACGCUUGUUCGGCUAGUUCAUCAAAUAUCUCAGGUCUAUCAGACUAUACAAUUCGCUAGAUUGCUGAAACUUGCCAAGUUCACAACAAACUUCCACUUGGAACGGCUUUUGGUCGAUUGCGUUCGUUACAACGAUAUGCAGAUAAGAAUCGAUCAUGGCAAACAGUGCGUACACUUUGGCGUUGAUCUUUCGGAAGCUCAAAGAGAGGAUCAUCCGGAUGGCCCAGUCCUACAAGCGAUGCCAUCGGAACAGAUUCGUUGUCAGCUGGUCAACAUGGCUACCGUUCUUCAUCGUGCGAUCAAUGUGAUCAAUCCAAACAAGAAGAAGUUCGAACGUGAGAAGCUUCGUGGCGCGAUGGUUAACCAUUAUCACGAAACUAAAAUGAAGGAACACCAGAGGAUAUUAGGAAGACACAAGAUCAUCGAAGAAAGGAAGGAAUACAUCGAGCACAUCAAUACGGUUCGCGAAGAGGAAGAAAUGAGACGUCAAGAGGAAUUACAGCGUCAGCAAAUAUUGGCUGAACAAAAGAGACUCGAGCAAGAACGCGAGGAACGUGAACGGAAACGUCAGCAAAGUGAGAUCCAGCAGAUCAAGGAUCGACAUCUCAAAGAGAAAAUGCAACAGAUUUCGCAGACCAGUCAUGGGCAGAAGGUGUUGAAAAAACUCGACGAAGACGAGAUCAAGAAACUUGACGCUGAACAGAUAGCCGCCCGCGAAGCGGAAGAAUUACAGAAAGAACGUAGAGAGAUGCAACAAAAAUUGAAAUCUCAAGAGAAAAAGAUCGAUUAUUUGGAACGUGCUAAACGUCUUGAAGAGAUACCUUUAUUGGAGAAAGCUGUCGAAGAUAAGAUGGAACAGGCAAAGAAACGUUGGGAACAGCAGGAGGCCGAACGUAUUGCUGCUGCCAUCGAAGAGAGACAACAAGCUGUAGCGACUAGAGAGCGUAUGGCAAGAAUGAAGGAAGAUCACGAUAUAUUUUUGGCCAAGAUUUUGGCCGAACGUAAGAGUAUUUACAUGGAGAAGCUAAAGGAAUUUGAAAAGAUGUUGAACGAGGAACGUGCUAAGAGAUUGCUCAAACGUAAGAUGGAACGCAAAGCUGAACGUAAGAUGAAGUGGGAGAAGGAACGAGCCGAGGCAGCUGAAAGAAGACGUCUCGAGGAGUUACGCAUCAAGCAAGAGGAAGAGAAAAAACGUUUGGAGGAAGAGAGAGCAAAGAGGGAAGAAGAGGAACGAAAGAAACGUGCCGAGGAAGAAGCAAGAAAGGCCGAACGCAUAGCCAAAAUUGAAAAACAAUCUGAAAUAGCCAGAGCUCGAGAAGCUGAGAUCGAACGUCGUAUGGAAGAGCAGAAGCAAAAGGAGAAGGAACUGUUAACGAAACGAAGACCGGAUGAUCGCUAUCGUCCACCUAGAGAUGGCCGAGAUGGCUUUAGACCUACUGCUGAAAUUUCAAAUUGGCGUUCUUCUCAAGCUGAAAGGAAUGACGACUCUAGAUUGAGAGGCUGGGAUUCAGAUAAAUGGAGAAAGGAUAGGAGGAAAGAAGAUUUUGAGAGAGAUAUAAGCGACAGGGAGAGAUUAGAUAAAGGACCAGAAAAAGCCGGUUUUCGAGAUCGUGGAAUGUCACGAGUAAUUCUGUGUAAUACUGACAGUCCUCGACCUCGUCGUCCUUACCGACAAAACGAUAUGAGUCGUAAUGAUAUGGAUUGGCGUAGCAGAGACUCUGCAGCUCAAGAUGCUCAAGAUCCACCAACCAGACGUCAAGAUGAUAAUAGACAAGAGGAAAGAAAGCGGCUUCCAGAAGACGAUGAUUGGACAAAAGUAGACCGGCGGAGUUGAAGACAAAUGAAGUUAAUGAUGAUGAUGAUGAUGAUGAUGAUAAUGAUGAUGAUGAUGAUGAUGAUGAUGAUGAUGAUGAUGAUGAUGAUAAUGAUGAUGAUAAUAAUGAUGAUAAUGAUAAUGAUGAUGAUGAUAAUGAUAAUGAUGAAGAUGAUGAUAAUGAUGAUAACGAUAAUGACGAUAAUCAUAAUACAAGACACAAAUCAACAGUAUACACAUAGAUUUCUGAUCGAUACGAAGCUUGCAUAAUAUCUUGCUAUUUUACAUAUUGCUUCAUUUUAAUGGAUAAUAAUUAAUCGUAGAGCGUCGCGCGUUGAUAUCGAAAAGCACAAAUGUAUAAUCGAUAACAACGCGUUAGCGUAAUAUCUAGAUACAGGGAAAAUACAAUAUUAAAUCUCACGGAAUAUGAUUAUAUUCGUACGAUUUUUUACAUAGAACAUUUACUGUUUAUACAUAUGUAUUAUUUCUACUUUGAAAAUAUGGCUUCGUAUCGCAGAAGAAAAUAUUUUAUUGGAUUGAUAUGCAGAACAAAGAGUGAGUCCUAUGGGCAAUCUCCAUUAAAUAUAAAUCCUACCAGAAUUGGAUCAUAAUAUGUAACGAUAUAUACAAACGUAAAUGGCGCGAAUUACAUAACAAAAAAGAAAAGAAAAGAAAAGAAAUACGAAACGAACGAGAAAGCUGAAAAGAAACGUGAAUAAAAGUUUCCUUAUAUCCUAAUAAUCGAUGAUGCGGCUGCAUAGCGUCGCAUUAAUAAGUUUUUUAAGAGUAAUACAACUUCGUCGAGGUCAUUUUUAAUUAAUCGCAAGUUUUCUAUCACCGAUCCAUUUGAUUUGAUACGAAAGAGAGAGUUAAGUCUCUCUUUCUUAUUUAAAAAUAGUAAGCGAAAAAAAAGAAGUUCUUUUUAUUGAAAAAGUUCAUCUCAAGCAAAUGCACACACACACAACAGAUCGUUCAUAAACUUUCCUUAACUACUAUUAUCAACUAUAUAAUAAGAGAAUAUACAAAAGGAGAGAAAAUGAAUAAAAAGUGAUGUAACAUAUACAAAUAA